AUGGAAUCGGAAACGGAAUCGGAUUCCCCCAAAGCUGUUUCUCCGAUGUGGAAAUUAGGGUUUUCCAUGAUUUUCAGAAUCGUUUACAUAGUAUACCUUGGACAACACAGCGGGGAGAAAACCUUGCACGAAAUCGAAGAAAUUCAUCGGUCGUAUUUGCAUUUUGUGAAAGGCUCCAAAGAGGAGGCUGGAUCAUGCAUGGUGUACAGCUACAAGAAUGUCAUCAAUGGCUUCUCCGCGUUGCUCACUCCUCAGGAAGCUCAAACAAUCUCAGAGAUGGAUGGAGUGAUUUCAGUGUUUCAUAGCCAUCCGAACAAACCAAGGCUUCACACAACCAGAUCGUGGGAUUUCAUUACCUUACUCGAAGCAAAGAGGGAUGCUUCGAAGGCCGAUGGAGAAGAAUUAUUGAGACAAGCGGUAUCAACAAUGAGGGAUUGGAACACAGGAGUAUGGCCUGAGAGUUUCAGUGAUGAGGGAAUAGAACCUAUCCCAUCUUCAUGGGAUGGAGGUGUCUCCUUCAAUUCUUCGCAUUGUCAUAGGUAA